AUGAGCCUCGACAUGCUGCUACUCAAGGGUCCUCCUUCGGGCCACCUCGAGGGAGGGUUAAACGAGCUCCGUUACACGGUUCUCAUCGACGGCAUCCCCCAAAACAGUGAGGGCAUGUCUGAGCUGCGCAUGUACAUCUGGCUCAUCCUGCUCAAUGCCCCUCCUCUUCGCACCGACGUUUACCUCGACCUUGUCCGGCAGGGUGCUUCUCCCGCGCACGCAAAAAUCCUCAACGAUGCCUUCCGCACGUUUCAGGGUGAUCCUCUCUUCCGUCGGCGCGUCACUCAGAACAGCAUCACCCGUGUUCUCAAUGCCGUUGCGUGGAGGCUGAACGACGCGCACGAGGCUCGCGUCAACGGCUGGCAGUCUCCACCCACGUUGUCAGAGUUCGGCGGUAGUCCGGACACCACUAUGAUGUCCCGCCAUUCUCUCACCACGGGCGCUCGGACGGACGCGUCAACGACAAACGACGCUGAACAGAUCGGUUACGUACAGGGAAUGAAUGUGCUCGCCGGGCCAUUCCUCUAUGCUGCACGAAGCGAAGUAGAAGCCUUUACCGGGUUCGAGAAGCUGAUCACUCAGGAGUGUCCGGGAUACGUCCGAGGUUCUAUGGAAGGUGUGCACAAAGGUCUGGACCUUGUCGAUAGAGUUCUGAAGGUGGUGGAUCCAAAGCUCUAUGAUCAUCUUAUGGCCAGCCACAUGCAUGCCAAGAUCUACGCCUUUGCAUCUGUUCUCACUAUGAGCGCUUGCACCCCUCCUUUGACCGAAGUCCUUCGCCUGUGGGAUUUCCUGUUCGCCUACGGCCCUCAUAUGAAUAUCCUGUGUAUAGUAGCCCAGUUGGUUCUGAUUCGAGACCAAAUCCUAGCAAGCUCAAGCCCAAACCAAAUCCUGCGAAACCUUCCUAGUUUGAACGCUCCGAGGAUCAUUCCAAUGACCAUGAGCUUUGCAGGCAAGAUUUCGGAAGACCUUUACGAGGAAAUUCUCAACCAUGCAAAGUAAUGUAGUCAGGGCAAAGGAUGAAAAACUGUUAAAAGGGUUUAUGCAAAAGUUGGAAUAUAUACUCUCAGGAGCAAAAUGGGCAAAUGAUGCGAUUGUUAUGAAGCAUAUAAAAUACUUGGAACCGCAUGCCACGGG